GGACAGGACAGGACAGGACAGGAUAGCACAGUACACACAUACACACAUACACACAUACACAGCCUGCCUACCUAUCAAUAUCAACGAUCAACGAGAAUCCAUCCCUCCCUCACAUUAUCCCAUCCCAUCUCAUCCCACACCACAUCAUCCCAUCCCAUCCCAUCCCACCCACUGGCCCACUCACUCACUCACUCACUCUCUCUCUCUCACGGCCACUCCAACUCCAACUACAUUGUGCAUGCUCCCUACAGACUACCUACAUGUACACUACAUCUAAUCGAAACUCAACUCAACUGUCAACCCACCCACCCACCACCACCAUUCAAGUGACAGCGCCCCUCUAGUCACCAAAAAGAAACGAGAAGAAAAAAAAGAAAAGAAAAAAAAAAAAUCCUGAAUGGGAAUCCAUCAGCCUUCUUUCCUUCUUUCCCUCCCUCUAUUUGCCUGAGUGCUUUCCCUAUUCGGUAUCAUUCGACCCAAAGCCAAUCAUCCCCGUCUCCAAUCCGUCAUCGAAUCCCAAAGACCUAUCUCUCUCCCUACCUCUUCCAUUUCCUUCGCCCAUUUCGAACUCUGAACUGACGCACGUCUCGAAGGAGGAGGAUAUUAUUUGGGAAAAAGAUAUACAGACACACAACAAACACACACACACACACACACACACACACACACACACAAGCAGGCAUUGAGAGAGUAAUCGAGAAACCUUCUUUCAAUUUUAUUAUUAGAUUUGGCGUCAUCUGUUGUCAUCUGCGCAAAGUCAACCACGAUCCACCUUCAAACCCGCCGGUCAAUUUACGAGUACCACGAUCACCCUGCCCAUACCACAUUCGAUAAUUACAACCUCAUUUCCAGAACCGUAUUUCCACUCCACGUCGCAGUACAUAGAAACGAUGGCAAUUACGUGCGAAUAACGUACAUUUGGUUAUUGGCUAUUGGUUCUUUGGCAAACAGAGUCAGUCGCCCACGCGAGGAAGGAAUAAUCUUGUAACAAAAAGGAUAAAGGUUUUGCGCAUCACUUCAGAUGGUUGUCAAAGCAGCAACGAGACCUUCGCCCAGGUCUUCUCAGUCACAUCCGCAUCCACAUUCACAUUCGCUCUCGCAAUCACAUCGAACCGCUACAAAUCCAUCUACCACGACCCCAAUGAUGAGUCCGGCAACAGGGAGAAUACCUGCAUCUGUAGGGCAGAGUCUGCCGCCGACUUCCGCCUUACGAUCUCCAGGUAUUCAAGGCGAACAAGUGCGGAGCUCCAGUCCAAAUUACUUCGGUCUCAUUGUUGAACCGUCGAGUAAUCCUAGAGAAACCAACGCCUUGCCCAAAGCAAAUUGGAGUCCUACCACGUCUUCCAUAUUCUCAUUUGGUGGUGACACACCAGAACACAUACCUCUCAACUCAAAUCCCGACUUUGAGGCUUUCAAAAAGCAAUCUGAAUCUAACAACAGAUUCAAUCUGAGUCAUGGGGGUCUGGCAAAUUUCUCAAUGUCUCCAGGUCCUUCCUUACUACGCCCAGACAGUAAGAAAAAACCAUCCAAGGUCGAUACACAUGAUGCACCCCCGUCACCGAGAUCCAUUCCGAGAAAUAGGGAUGCACCAUUAAGGGAUGGUGAUGUUGAUAGUGGAGCGGACUCAGCAUAUGUAUCUUCGUCUGAGAGACUGCCUUCUUCCUCGACAAACCCUCCUUCGUUCUUCGAAUUCCCACGCCAGAUGUCACCUGCCAGUUUUUCAACUUCAAUGGCAUCCAUGCAAAGAAACCACCUUUCACUUCUAGACGAAAGACACCCUAGGCUUUCUUUACCUCAAAACAAAGUAGAUCCUCCGUCGCCAGGAUUACCGCAACUGCGUCAACACCAGCGAGCGGACACACUCCCGUCGACGUUAGAAGAUGGGCCAGCCAUGAUUACGCCAGCACAGUUGAAGGAAAUGAUGGAUCGUUGUCCCUCGAUAGAACUAUUGCUACUCGACUGCCGAACUUUUAGUAUUUUCUCACAAUCAAGGAUUGGGAAUGCCCUCAAUUUAUGCAUACCUACUACCUUGUUGAAACGGCCUUCGUUUAAUCUUCAGAAGCUUCAAGAUACUUUUACAAACGAGGAAGAUAAAACCAGAUUUUCGAAAUGGAGGCAAGCUAAAUACAUUGUUGCUUAUGACAAUAGAUCUUCGGAUAAAAAAGAUGCAGCACUAGCUAUUAAUACCCUGAAAAAAUUCACCAAUGAAGGCUGGAAUGGAACAAGAUAUAUAUUGAAAGGUGGAUUUGAUACCUUUGCUCAAAACUUUCCAAGGUCAAUUGAUCGGGGUUCAACGCAAGCCUCACAGCCAUCCCGAAUCAAUCUCACCCUUGGAACGGCAUUGCCUGGAGUUGCACCGGUAGCUGGGGGAUGUGCCAUGCCAGUAACAAAGAAUGCGGCAAACCCAUUUUUCGGCAACAUUCGACAGAAUCAAGAUUUAAUGGAUGGUGUGGGUCAGAGAGAUAUUGCAGUCCCUGAGGAUCUGGCGAGAGACCCAUCUGCUAUGAGUGUCGUUCCCAGGUGGUUAUCCAAGGCUGCAAAGAAAGAAGAUCAUGGCAAGAUUGUUUCAGACAGAUUUCUUCAUAUUGAGCAAGCAGAGUUGGCAAGGAUGACAAAAGCAUUAACACAAGGAGUUCGAUACGGGAAUGGGCCAGAAGCAUCAAAUAAUUCUAAUGAUGUUCAGAUAGCUGGUGUUGAGAAGGGCAGCAAAAACAGAUACAACAAUAUUUGGCCGUUCGAGCAUGCCAGAGUGAAAUUACAAGGUCGUACGGAAGGCACGUGUGAUUAUGUUAACGCAAGUCAUAUCAAAGCAUCAAGGAGCAAUAAACGUUAUAUUGCUUCCCAAGGGCCCUUGCCUGCAACCUUCGAAGAUUUCUGGAGUGUUAUUUGGGACCAAGAUGUACGAGUCAUUGUCAUGUUGACUGCGGAAGCAGAAGGAGGACAACUGAAGUGCCACUCAUAUUGGUCUAGUAAUGACUAUGGCCACCUCAAGCUUAAAUUGGUAUCCGAAAAGAAAGUCCACCUUGAUGCUACGAAACAUCGAAAUUCUACAGACCGACGAGAUUCUGGACGAAAACGCGCAAGUACUACUCAGGUUACACCUCCUUCUCCUACAACAGAAGAUGCUCAUGUCAUCGUCCGUAAAUUCACGCUUUCUCAUGCCGCCCAUCCUUUCACACCCAUGCGAGAGAUUACACAAGUACAUUAUUCUUCCUGGCCAGAUUUCGCUUCUCCAGCAAAACCUAGUCAUCUACUCGCUCUUAUUCACCUCGCCAAUUCUAUGCAACGCGCCUCUGCUUCCGUAACUGAAACUCCCCGGUCGGGCGAACCAGAAGGAGAAAACACAAGACCAAUGCUUGUACAUUGUAGUGCGGGCUGUGGUCGCACGGGAACCUUUUGUACCAUUGAUUCUGUGAUUGAUAUGUUGAAACGUCAACGCAAAGAACAAAAACAUGGUACUACACCUAUGGAAUUCGAUGAUUCUAGUAGUGGGGAUUAUAUGGGGCGGGGAAGACCGGGGAAGAAAGCGGAUAUGGAUUGGGUCUUCGAUCAAGAUACCGAUCUGGUGGAGAAAACGGUUGAGGAUUUUAGAGGACAGAGAUUAAGUAUGGUGCAGAAUCUACUGCAGUAUGUACUUUGUUACGAAACGGUUUUGGAAUGGGUGGCGCAGCAGGUGAUGGGGAAUGGAAAUGGAAAGGCAGGCGAGGGACCGAGAGGAAAUAGAGAUAGAAGUGGUAGUUUGAGUGAGUAUCAAUACUAAGUAAUAAGAAAGUGAUAAGAGUGACGAGAGACUUAAUUAAAGUCGAAUAGUGUAUAAACACAAUUCUUCUCAUGCUUCUUUCUAAACCAUUCUUCUUCUUUUCUGACUCGGGAUUCCGGAUGAAUCGUUGCAUUUAUUCUCUCUCCUACCUUCCUUCCCUUCCUUCACUCAUUCCUCCCUGGAUACAAAUCGAUGAUUAUUUGAUCAAUAUACAUCCAUGUAUACGUAUACCUAUACCUCCCAAAGUACCAUGAAGAUCAUGGAUGCAUUACAGCAAACAGACGAGCGAGCGAGCUUUAUCAUUUAUUUGAGCGUGGUAUGCGUGUGAUAUGAUAUGGGGUUUUGUACAUUGGUUGGUUGGUUGGUUGGUUGGUUAACAAGAAGAGGAAGAGGAAAAAGAAAAGGAGAAGGAAGAUAAAGGACUAGUUCGUGGAUGGAUGCGCCUUGGAAUGAUGCUCGUACCGUUGAGUGUUUUGGUAGUGCA